AUGACUGAUGAUAAAAAUGUUGUACUUGGAUAUAUUUGUGUGAUUAUUGCCGUUCUCUUCUUUGGUAGUAAUUUUACUGUUACAAAAAAAUUUCCGACAAGUGAUGGCAUCUUUUUUCAAUGGGUAAUGUGUGUUGGUAUUCUUCUUGUUGGGAUAUUUACUAUGUUGUUCAAUGGUGUUUUAAAUGAUGGACCAGUGAUAUUUGAACCUUUUGCAAUGUUAGGAGGGUUGAUUUGGUGUACAGGCAAUUUAUUUUGUAUACCAAUUAUUCAACUAAUUGGUCUUUCUCUUGGACCUGGAAUUUGGGGAGUGGCUAAUAUGGUUAUGGGAUGGUUAACAGGAACAUUUGGAUGGUUUGGAUUAAAUUCAGACAAAGAAAAUAUCAAAAUAUUCUGGUUAAACUGUAUUGGUGCGAUAUUGGUUGGAUGCUCUGUUCCUGGAUAUGCAUUAAUUAAAACAUCACCUAAACUUGAACAUAAAACAGAGGAAAAAACAACAAGUCAAAAUAGUUAUGAGCUAAAUGAGACAUUAGUUUCUGAUGAUGAAGAAAUCAAUGAAGAUUCAACGACUCAAAUCAUUAUUGAAGAUGAAAAUUUUAUUGAAUCAGAAAAUAAAGAAGGAUAUAACAAUAAGAAAAUAAAAGAAAAAGAGUCUCCAAUAUCCCUUUUAUUAAAGUCAAUGCCAAAAUAUUUACAAAUGGUUGUUGGAGUUAUUUGUUCUUUAAUUGCAGGAAUUCUUUUUGGGUCAGCUUUUAACCCAUCAAAAUACUUACAAGACAAUAGACUUUCUUCUCCUAAUGGUGUUGAUUAUGUUUUUAGUCAUUUUGUAGGUAUUUUUUUAGCAUCAACAUUAUAUUUCAUUAUAUAUAUUAUUAUUUUUCGUAAUAAACCAUUUAUCUUUAAACAAACAAUAUUACCAGGAAUUAUUAGUGGAGCAAUGUGGGGAAUUGCUCAAGUAUGUUGGUUUAUUGCAAAUUCAAAUCUUCCAUAUGUUGUUUCAUAUCCUUUAAUUUGUGCAGGACCUGGUCUUCUUUCUGCUCUUUGGGGAAUAGUAGUUUUCAAAGAGAUUAGAGGAUGGAAAAAUUUCAUAUAUUUUGGAGGUGCUACUAUUAUUCUUUUAUUAGGAAUAGUUUGUAUUUGUGUAUCUAAAUAA